CUAAGGUGCAUAGCUACAACGUACUGCUUUUCAUCACUCUGUUUCGCGAACUAACAACCAAAAACAAUGAACGCAUUGGAACCGAAUCCCGCGAAUUCAUCACCAUUCACCCCAAUCUCUUUCUUGGAGAGAGCUGCGGUUGUUUACGGCGACUCUCCUUCUCUAAUCUACAACCAAACCAUGUAUACUUGGGCACAAACUCACCGUCGCUGCCUUCAACUCGCCUCCUCGAUAUCGUCCCUCUCUAUCUCCCCCGGAGACGUUGUUUCUGUUCUCGCUCCCAACAUUCCCGCCAUGUACGAGCUCCACUUUGCUGUGCCAAUGUGCGGCGCGGUACUCAACUGCAUCAACACUCGCCUUGAUGCACGUGCCAUCUCAACUCUGCUUACUCACUCUGAGUCGAAACUCGUCUUUGUUGAUUACCAAAUGGCUUCGGUUGUUUUGGAAGCUCUCUCGUGCUUUCCUCUGCACUCGAGGCCGAAACUAGUUAUGAUCACGGAAGAUGAUCAAGCUUCAUCUCCGGAGUUUGAUUUUACGUAUGAGAGGCUAGUUGAAAGAGGUGAUCAGUCGUUUGAUUGGAUCAGGCCGCGGUCAGAAUGGGAUCCGAUUGUUCUUAAUUAUACUUCUGGCACAACAGCCUCCCCGAAAGGAGUUGUUCUUAGCCACCGUAGCGCAUUUCUUAAGACUAUCGAUGCUUUGCUCGAAUGGUCUGUACCGAAACAACCUGUUUUUCUAUGGGCCUUACCGAUGUUUCAUGCCAACGGUUGGGGUUAUACUUGGGGGAUGGCUGUUGUGGGAGGGACUAAUAUUUGUUUGAGAAGAUUUGACUCCGAUUUGAUCUAUGAUAAGAUAGUCAAGCAUGGAGUGACUCAUAUGUGUGGAGCUCCGGUUGUUUUAAACAUGUUAUCCAACGAUCCUGACCGCGAGAAGUUAACAAGUCCGGUUCAUAUUCUAACAGCUGGAGCUCCCCCUCCUGCUGCUGUGUUAAUGCGGACCGAGGAGUUAGGAUUCACGGUGAGUCACGGCUAUGGUCUUACAGAAGUUGGGGGAUUAGUAGUGAUGUGUUUGUGGAAACCGGAGUGGAAUGGUUUGCCUGCAAGGGAGCGAGCGAGGCUCAAGGCGCGACAAGGAGUGAGGACGAUUGGCUGCACGGAAGUGGAUGUGGUGGAUCCGGAGUCAGGCCUUGGUGUGAAGCGCGAUGGGGUGACUGUGGGGGAGGUGGUGCUGAAAGGCGGGACUGUGAUGUUAGGCUAUUUGAAAGACAAGGAAGGUACUUUGCAGUGCAUGAAGCAAAACUGGUUUUACACGGGUGAUGUUGGAGUCAUGCAUGAGGAUGGAUAUGUGGAGAUCAAGGAUCGGUCUAAGGAUGUGAUUAUUAGUGGCGGCGAAAAUGUGAGUAGCGUUGAGGUGGAAUCCGUGUUGUACCUGCAUCCGGCUGUGAAUGAGGCCGCCGUGGUGGCGAGGCCGGAUGAGUAUUGGGGGGAGACUCCUUGCGCAUUUGUGAGUUUAAUUUGUGGAAAGACAGCGACCGAGAAAGAGAUUAUUGAGUUCUGUAGAGAGAAGUUGCCAAAAUAUAUGGCUCCCAGAAAGGUUGUGUUUAAGGAGGAAUUGCCAAAGACGUCGACUGGGAAGAUUCAGAAGUUUUUGCUAAGAGAGAUGGCAAAGGAAUUGGUAAGCUCAGGCUCGAAUGUGGAGAAAAGUAAGGUGCUGAGUUCUCCAUCGGCCCGGUGUGGGGCGAGAACUUCAAUUCACAUCCCCUCACGGCGUAAUUCUUUUCUGUUCUGUUCGAGGCCACGAAAAGAUUUUGCUUAUCCGUUUCUCUGUUCCGCAAAGAUGUCAUAUGUUCCACGUUCCAUCCAGCCCCGCUGCAUUGUAUGAAUAUGUAAUUUGUCCGAUCUCUAAGAAUCAGACCUAAAUAAUAUCUGUUUCGUGCUACCUUGUAUAACUUCGUCUAAUUGAGGAUUGUUUAGAGUCAUGCACUUACUCAAAACUAUCAAGAUUUUAUUGUUUUAGGUUCUUCUAGAGUUCUACUAAUUAUAGAGCG